AUGAGUAUAUAAUUAAUGUUAUAUACUCAAACCAGAGAAUAAGAGAGACGUCUGUUAUCUCUUAAAACAAUAAAUAUGGCAUAGCAUAAAUGCCGGUACAACUCUUGGUUUUAAGUCAGUAUAUUCAAAUGCCUCGGUGCUUUAGCUGGCAUAUUUAGCAAAAUGAAAUCGGAGCUUAUAGUUUUUAUUCUGUCGGUUUUCGUCUUGAAGGAUCUAUCUCAAGCACAAGGUGCCAAUUAUCCGCAGAAUUUGCAACCGACGAAUCAAAAUCUGGAAAACAAAUGCAGGGAUUAUUGUUUUUCGGGCCUCAAACCAAUUUCUGAUAACGUUGAUACCUUCGAUGAACUAAAAGGUUCUAUUAAAGAUUUGCAGUGUAAAUUGGCAAUGGCUGAAAAUCAAAUUAAAAUUAACGACCUUAUAAAUAUAAAAGAUAAGGAAAUAUCUGAAAAAACUGAACAACUUAAAUGUACAGAUAACCUUAUGAAACAAAAAGAUCAGAUAAUUGAAGAUCAAAGAGAAGAGAUUCUGAAAAAAGAUGAAAAAAUAAAUGCUAUGACAGCUAUUAUUCAUAACUGUCACAAUCAAUUAGUAUAUGCUGAAGGUCAAAUUAAAAUCAAAGAAGAGCUUUUAAAUUUUAAAGUUGAAGAAAUAAAAGUCAAAACUGAAAACCUUAAAAGCAAGGAAGACCUCAUUGAAUCAAUAAAUAAACAAAGAACGGACCAAGUUAAACAGAUUGAGAACAAAGUGAAUGAAAUUAAUAUUAUAAGUAACCAAGUGAAGGAUCUGAAGUCAGAGAUUUUAAUCAAAGAGCAGCAAAUUAAAACAGUUCAGGAGGAAUUCGCAGAGCUUGUGAAGUGCAAUCAACCGGAAACGUGUCCCUCCGGAAUUUACAAAAUUAACAAACACGAAAUAGGUCCGUUCGAAAUUCCCUGCAAGUUAGACGGUUGGAUGGUCAUUCAAAGGCGUCAGGACGGGUCAGAGACCUUCGCUCGCCACUGGCAGGAUUAUAAGGAUGGAUUUGGCGAAGUAGGGGGGGAAUUCUUCAUCGGGCUCCAAAAACUUUAUCAACUAACUAACGCCGUUCCACACGAACUCCACAUUAAACUUGGAACAGUUGAGGGAGUCUACAGAUACGCUCAAUAUGAUGAUUUCAAAAUCGGUAGCGAACAAGAGUUUUAUGAGCUUAAAGCACUGGGGAAUUAUUCCGGAUCAGCCGGAGACUCCCUAAUCCGCCAUAAAAAUAAAAAGUUUUCCACUUUCGAUCGGAAAAAUAAUCCUUCUAGUGUCAAUUGCGCUGAACAAAACAAUGGUGGUUGGUGGUUUGACGGUUGUUUUGACAGUGCUCUUAAUGGAAAAUACCACAAAAAUGGAAAAUCAGAGAGCCAAGAAGUAUUAUUGGUAUUAUUGGAACCGGGACUAUACGACCUCGUUUACUUUUGUUGAAAUGAUGAUUAGACCCCAAUUAAAAGUGGAAAAUUAAAAAAAAUAUAUUUAACAAUUAAAACAUAUUUUUGGUAAUGGUUAAAUUAAU